AAAUAAUUCAAAUAGUAGUUUUCACGUUGAAUAUUUGUGGGAAUCUAUUUAAAAUAUGUUGUAUAAUAAUUAUUAUUUUGAACAAAUGUAACCGAGAACAAGGAUAUUAUUAUUUCAGUAAAAUAUGAAUAAUAGUUUACAGUAUAAUGAACUAUUCACAAACUAUACAUUGGGUGUAGAGAUAGAAUCAUCUAAUACAGUGAUGACUCUGAUUGUUGCUAUUGUUUAUCCACUUAUAAUUGUAUUUAGCACAGUUGGCAAUAGUAUUGUUAUAUUAACUGUAACACGAAGCACUGCAAUGCGAACAAUAACCAAUUUGUUCAUUUCUAAUUUAGCAGCAUCAGAUUUAUUGAUGAGUUUUGUUGCGGCGCCUGUUACACCGAUUGUAUUUCAUAUGAAAAAUUGGAAAUUACCUACAUUUCUUUGUAAAUUAUUACCUGUUACAAUGGGUGUUAGUGUGUAUGUUUCAACGCUUACUUCAACCGCUAUAGCUGCUGAUCGAUAUUUAGUCAUUGUACAUCCAUUUAGAACACGUAUGUCACAAAGUAUAUGUGGACUAAUCAUAGCCGGCGUAUGGCUUAUUUCUGUUCUAAUAUCAUUACCACUGGGAAUUUAUACAAAAAUUGGAAUUGACCCAAGAAACAAUGAACCAUCGUGUAUGGAAUCAUGGCCACAUUCACUAUCUAGACCAAUAUACACAGUCAUUACAUUUAUUCUGCAAUUUGUUGCACCUUGUAUGAUUAUAUCAAUAUGUUAUUAUCGUGUCAGUUGUGUCCUACGUUCAAGAGGUUCAACAAAAAUUGGUUAUGGACGUAAAAGUCGUCAAAAAGAAGAACUUGAAGUAAAACGUAAUCGUCGUACAAAUCGUAUGUUAAUAGCUAUGGUUGUUAUAUUUGUUGUCUGUUGGAUACCAUUAAAUGUUCUUUGGAUAGUUGUAGAUAUAAUCGGUGAAAAAGCGGAAGGUUCUGUUUAUUUUCAUCAUACAUUUAUAUUAUGCCAUAUGAUUGCAAUGAGUUCAGCUGUUUAUAAUCCUUUUUUAUAUGCUUGGUUAAAUAAUAAUUUUCGACAAGAAUUUAAAGCUAUUUUUCAGUGUAACAGUAAACUGUGCUCUAUGAAUUCAUCAUUGUUAACGUCUAGACGACAAACACAAUCAAAAGUUACAACACGUUACACAUAUCAGACCAAUAAUAAUAAUAAUAACAAUAAUGAUAAUAAUGGUAAACAUGAUCAAACAGAUUGUGAUAAUGAAGAAAUUAAAAAUAAUCAGUCACAAAUUAAUAAACCAAUUGACAAACAGAAAGGACAACAUACCAGUUAUAUGACCAUAGCUGACGGUGAUGGAGGUGUAUGGCAAGGCCCUGUUUGUAGUAAAACUCAAUAAAUUAAAAGUACAACAAUGUUUACUUCAAACAUGCCACAGAUAAACAACUUUUCAAAACAAAUGAAAUAAACAAAUAAAUGUAUCCAUAUCUACGUAGAUAAACAGAGAUUAAUUUUGUGAGGAAAAUUUCUGAAUUUUACAUUUGUUUACUGAGGCCAAUGAUUUCAUUUGGUUAUCCAUUAUCAUAACUAAAUAAUUUCAUACUUUCUAUAUAUAUACGUUUUGCGUACUAGUGUGAGUUGCAUUUAUUUAGAAGAGCCUAAUUUCUCCUCUCUUAAUUAUUUUCUUGAUUGUUGUAUUUUUUGUUUACAAAUAGUUUCAAUGAUAUGUACAACUGUUUACUUUGUCUGUAAAUUUGUAUAAGCCUGUGUUUGUGUGCAUUUGUAGACGUGCAUGUGUAGGCGUGUGGUUGUGAAUGCAAGGGACAGCAACACAACCACAACCACAAAACAAACUCCCUGUGAUACAAAUCUUAAUGAAUGAUACCUUUAAUUAAUCUUUAUGCAUCUAUAUAUAUGCGAGGGAUUGCAGUUGCAAAGUACCUGGUUGGUUAAAGAGACACUUAAGUUUCUAAUCCAUACAAAGAGAUAGGUGUAUUAAAAUAUAAUGAAAUUGAAAUAAAAGUUUGUUUAAGAAUUAUUGAUGUUAUCUUCAAAAACCUUUGUAGUUUCCAAAUGUAAAUUAAGAAUAUUUAAUAAAC